AUGGCCGGAGAAAACGAAGCUACGGUGACCCCGGCGGCAAACAAAAAUCUAGAUUUGACAAGUCCAUUAUACAUGCAUCCAUCGGAAAGCGCUGGAUCCAUGCUAGUUCCAAUAGUUUUUGACGGAACUGGCAAUAGAUCAUGGAGGCGAGGAAUCCUCAGGGCACUCUCCGUGAAAAUCAAAUUAGGGUUCAUUACCGGAAAAUGUGAAAAGCCGGGCUCUGAUUCGGCAGAUCUAGAUCAAUGGGAGCGUUGCGACGAUAUGGUGACCUCAUGGAUCCUAAACUCACUGUCUAAGGAUCUAGCGGACAGCUUGCAAUACAUCAAUGAUGCCAAAGAACUUUGGCAAGAACUAGAGGAUAGAUACGACCAAACUAAUGGGGCAAAAUUGUAUCAACUACAAAAGGAGAUCAACGAUCUGAGCCAAGGAAGUCUGGAUAUCACUGGAUACUAUACAAAAAUGAAGAAGCUUUGGGAAGAACUUAAUACCCUGAAUGUUCAUGCCAAAUUGUAUACUGUUGUGAGAGGAAGUAUCCUGAUGAUGAACCCUCUCCCAACAAUAUCCCAGGCCUUCUCAAUCCUCAUUCAAGAGGAGAAACAGAGGGAAGUUAAGCCAAAUAACAAUUUCUCAAUGGAAUAUGCUGCCUUAAACGUGAGUGGCUCAGGAAAUGGGCACAUUAAGGACAAGUGCUACAAACUUCAUGGAUUCCCACAGAGCUCCAGGUUCAACAGGGGAAGAAGAGUUGCUGGAAAUGUUUUUGGACCAUCAAAUGAAGCUAACACAGUAAGGGAUGAUGGCAAUGGCUCUCAGGAACAGGAACAGAAUCGACACAUGCAUAGCCUGACUAAAGAACAAUAUGGCCAACUGCUCAGCAUUCUGGAAAAUUUUCAAGGAGGAGCAGAGAAAUCCACAAAUAAUUUCAUCAAUGGAGGAGCUAUGAAAUUUGCAGGUAUAUCAGCAUGCUCUACUCAUCUUGAUACUAAUGAUCAUUUAUGUGAUAGUUCUAGUUCAAAUGCUGACACUUGGAUCCUUGAUUCUGGGGCCACAAAUCACAUGACACAUAAUAAAUCAAUUCUAACCAAUGUUAAAACCUUAGUAUAUCCAUACUUAGUCACACUACCAAAUGGUUACAAGGUCAAGGUGACACUGAUUGGUGAUGUAAUUCUAAGCCCAAAAUUCAUUCUCAAAAAUGUCCUUUUUGUCCCCAGUUUUAAGUUCAAUCUGAUAUCAGUCCACUCAUUGACUGUUCAACUUGAUUGUAUUAUAGUAUUCACCAAGUACAUCUGUAUUCUUCUACAGGGCCCUUCACUGAAGAGGCCACUAGAGAUUGGUAAAGCCAAGACUGGUCUAUAUCUUGACAGUUCAAGCAACUGCAACACUAGUUCAACUCUCUCUAAUCCUUCUAGUGCAUCCUUUCCAUGUGUUACUAAUAAUGAGAGUAACAUAGAUUCUGUAGCUAAAACAUCUAGUUCACUUCCUUCUACUCAACUAGUCAGUACUAAUAAGGUAGUUCCUACUGCUCCUGUUAAUUCCACCAUGGCUAUCCCACCUUACAGUAGUAGUACAACUAGUUCAACUGUAAACAGUUCCAAAAAUAAAAGUGAGUCUUUCUUGUAUGAUAAUGUAUCUACUACAGAAUCUUUACUUGAUCUUUUGUGGCAUAACAGAUUAGGACGUGUACCUUUUGUCAAAAUGAAAGGGAUUCCUUCUAUUCCUGUUACCUUUGCACCUAAACAGCCCUUUCUUUGUCCUAUAUGUCCAAUGGCAAGACUGCCCUCUUCAUCACUCAAAUUAAAAUGUCCUUCUGAACUUCUGUAUCAGAAAAAGCCAAAUUAUUCCCAUCUCAGAAGCUUUGGCUGUUUAUGCUUCCCUACCACCCUCAAAACACACAAAGAUAAGUUUGAACCAAGAGCUACUCCCCAUGUUUUUGUGGGAUAUUCCUUUGGGACAAAAGAGUAUAAG